UACACAUGUGCGAAGCUCGCGGUACACAACACUCCCAACAGCCGAGCUCACCUUUGCGCUACUUAAACCCGGAGGAAUAGCGCGGGGACGCGCGAGCGAGCGGCCGGAGAAACGCCAAAACUAUAGGAACAGGAGCGCGAGGAGGAACAGGAGGAGGACGCGUCGUGGAAACUCCGUUACGCACAAAUACCGACCGGAUCCUACUCGGUCCAUCAACAGUUUUGGAGCUGGAAACUAAACGGAGAACAUGUCUGCUUCAGUGCUGUCUUCUAUUUACGACUUCGACCUGCUUUAUAGGCAGGAGAAAACCCAAAGCUCCAAUGCGAUCCACCUGAACAGCAUGAUGGAGCGGAGGUCAGUGGUAGGGCUCCCACUGGCCACGUCCAACGCCAACAGCAACAGGUCCAACUACUUCAGGAGCAACUCGCUCGGCCACAUGGACUCCAGCUUCGCGAAAGAGAGCGCCGCGGUGGCCUGCACCAACAAGGAGAACCGCUACCGCGACCGCGCCUACAGCGAGAGCGGCCAGCAGCAGCUCCAGGACAUGCUCCUGCAGCCUAGAGGCGGCUCCCAGAUCAACUCCACCCGCUACAAGACGGAGCUGUGCAGGCCCUUCGAGGAGAACGGCUCCUGCAAGUACGGCGAGAAGUGCCAGUUCGCUCACGGCUACCACGAACUGCGCAACCUCUCGCGCCACCCCAAGUACAAGACGGAGCCCUGCCGCACCUUCCACACCAUCGGCUUCUGCCCCUACGGCCCACGCUGCCACUUCAUCCACAACGUAGACGAGCGCCGGCCGGUGGCGCCAAUGAGGCUCAAGCGCGAGCUCGGCGACAGGGAGAUGGAGCGAGACGAGCACGAGCUCCAGUUUCUUCUGUCCAGAGACAACAGACCCAAACUGCACCACAGCUUGAGCUUCUCCGGCUUUUCCAGCCCUCGCGGGGUGGAGAGCGCCCCCUCACGUACACCACCACCACCACCGCCACCUUUGACCUCCACGGCGUGCCUCAGCGCCUUCUCUUGCCCAGAGCAGGAUUUGAAGGCGUUCCUUGCCCCUCUGAUUCCUCAUGCCCUUGGAUCUUUCAAUGGCGUCUCGUAUGGUGGCAGCAGCAGCAGCGUCCAGGCUGGUCCAGGCUGCCCUCUGCCACCUUCUCCUCCUCCACCCUUCAGAUUAAGCAACACCACCACCACCUUAAGGCCCUUGUCUCAGUCGCCAGUGUUCGAUUCGCCCCCGAGUCCACUGGAGUCGCUUUCCGAUCCGGAGAGCCUCUGGAGCGGCUCCUGCUGCUCCUCCGGCACCAUCAGCGGCUCGGAGUCGCCCAGUCUGGACGCCAACCGGCGCUUGCCCAUCUUCAGCAGGCUGUCGAUUUCAGAUGAUUAAAUUAUUGUUGUUAUUAUUAUAUUAUUAUUAAUAUAAGCAGCCUACAGUUAUUACACAGUUAUUAUACAGUUAUACUAUCAGCCUUACUAUUACUGUUAUUAUUAUUAUUAUGAAUGUUUUUUUUUUUUUUUUUUGGUUGAGCAGGUCACAUUAAGUUUUCAUUUUUUUUUUUUUUUUUUUUUUUAAACCAACAAAUUAAAAGCAAAAAAUGACACAGAAGGUGCCUUCUUCAUACAGUCCUAUUCAAGUGCAGGGCUCUUGAGUGUUUUGUUCAGAUCCCAAAUCAAGUUUGUGAUCCGGCCUUAAUCUGACUGAAUCUUAAGCUAUCAAAUAUACUCCAUGUUUUUUAGCUGUUUGACCUGAUUCAUUAGCCAGAUCAUUUAUUAUUUAUACAGCUAUCAACUAAUGCAUCUCUAUUGUUGCUGCUGCUCCAUGCUUUAGCUGUUUUCACACUGUACACGGCGUGUGCUGCAUUCACUGCUCAGGCCUGCGCAAAUCUGAUUUUAUAUAUAUAUAUUUUUUUUCCACGUUUAGUCUGAAAGCAGCUUCACAUUGCACACAAAUCUAGUCUACAUGCUACAUGCUAGUCUGGUACACAAAAUCUACUUUCUGUAUUUAUUUUCUAGCUCCGCCCCAGACUGCUCUGACCAACCAUUGCAGAGACGCUCCAAGUUUUUGUUAACUGAUUCAGACCAGAAAAAACAUCUACCCUGUAUGUGUGUGUGUGUGUGUGUGUGUGUGUGUGUGUAAGUGUGUGUGUCCGAUAAAGUAGCCUAUAGUUAUUAUCUCAGAUAAAAAGCCUGUAUUCCAACUUCUUUCCUCGAAUUGUUGUUUUUCACAGCGCCACCGUGUGGUGUAAGUGAGUGAGAGCUGUGUCGCAGUCGCUGUGAUUGGCCCACCGCAAUGAUUUGCUGAUUUUGAGUUUUGUUUGUUCCUUUUUCUUUUUUCUAUGUGGUAUAUCAUUGCGAUUUGCAACACGCUAUGAAAUCUAUUUAACUUAUUUAUUGUCAUGUGAAAAAAUAUAGCCUUGGUGGACGAAUCGAGUCCACGAGUCUAAAGCAAUACAGCUAUAUUCCUUUUUGAAUUAUGAUCUCCAUUGUUAAAUCUGGAAACACUUUUUUUUUAUUAUUUCCUCACAGUAAUGUAUUUUUGUUAUGUUUUUUGUUUUGUGUAUUGCGCUGUAAAUAAGUCGAUAAUUUAUAAAUUGUAUGUUAUUUAUUUCCGUUCUGUUUACUACGUGUUCGUGGGAGCGUCGGUCGAGGGCUCGUUUUUCUUUAUUUUGGGUUGGGUUGGGUUUGAGGGGGGAGGUCGGAGGAUCUCUGGGCAUUUGGUUUGUACAGAAUGUAUAAAAUGUAGAGUUGUUAUAUGUUAUUUUAUGAGUUUUAUCGUAUGAACUAGCCUGACACAAUUCAGACAAACCAACAUCGCUUUUUUGUGUUGUUUUUAAGAAUACAGAAAAUACAGACAACCAAAAACAUGUAUUUUGUAACAAACGAACAUAUUUGCACAUAGUUGCACUAUUUCAGUCAAGUGCCAGAGAAUGUACCUAUACACAUACCUUGACCUUAACUUUCUAAUAUGUGCCUAUAUGAUGUAAGUAAACGAUCUCACAUACUGUAGAUCAAUCUAACUUAAGGAUUUUGCUUUAGUACACACGUCAAGCCAAUUCACCUGAAUGUAGCUUUUGUUUUAUAGGAAGAUAUUAAACAAAUUACAUUGAUUAUUUACACUAUUUAAAUGCCUUUUUUCCAGUUAUGCUCAUUAUUUGUUCAGUUUUUUAUUUUUAUUUUUUUUAUUCAGAUUGUUUCUGAAUACACCAUUCCUUAUAAUAAGUAAGUAAAGAAUACUGCUUGUCUUUUUUUGACUUUGUUGUAGAUCUCUAAACUUGCUGGUCGGGGAAGAACUUUGUUGUUGAAGCUGUGUUGAAAUUACAGUGUAUUUAGACUAUAACUCUUAAUUAUUCUGAUCAGUUGGACUACUUGGGUUGGAAGUAAAAACCGUUGAAUGUACUGAAAAGUCAGCUUGAGUUAUGAGGGAUUGUGUAUGCAGCCUUUGGUGCCUUUUUGUGUGCGAGGCAGAAAUGAAUUUGUAUUUUGGAAUAUUUUACAUGGAUAUCUGAAUAAAGAUACACUUUUAAAGAGCAGAA